AUGGGGCGCGGCAAGGUGGAGCUGAAGCGGAUCGACAACAAGGUCAGCCGGCAGGUGACCUUCGCCAAGCGCCGCAACGGCCUGCUCAAGAAGGCGUACGAGCUGUCCGUGCUCUGCGACGCCGUGGUCGCGCUCAUCAUCUUCUCCACCCGCGGCCGCCUCUUCGAGUUCUCCACAUCCUCAUGCAUGUACAAGACUCUAGAGCGGUACCGCAGCUGUAACUUCAACUCCGAGGCAACUGCAACUCCGAAGACCGAACUAAGCAAUUACCAGGAGUAUUUAAAGCUAAAGACAAGAGUUGAGUUCCUACAGACAACUUAG